GCGAGCCGAGCAGGCGGUGCUGCCGCCCGCCGCCGCUCGCCCCGCCGCGGCCGCCCCUGCUCGCAGCGCCCCUCUGAUCCAUGGCUGUCUGUCUGUACUUGUUACAGUGUAACAUCCUCCUCCUCCUUCGCCUCCUCCUCCUCCUCCUCCUCCUCGGGAGCCGCUGCAACUUCCCCUCAGCCAGCCUCCUCUGCUCGGGGACUGCAAAGGCAUGGGAUAGACCCACAGCCACUUUUCUCUGUCUCCCCUCUAGCCCUCGCUCAAUUCCCCCUCUUUAAAUUAAAGUCUGUUCCUCGCUCCUCGUCGUUUAGAGAUUUAUUUGUCAGGCUAUUAUUUCCCUUGAUUUUAUUUUCCCUUCCUGGGGCAGGGGUUCGUAGGGGCCGGUGGGUUUAUUUUAGGGAGGGGGCACCCCACCCCUUCCGUUUCUCCUCCUCCCUGGUCGACCGUGACUUGAUUUCCCUGCCCCUCUCGGCUCCCACCCCUCGAACUCUCCGUCCUGCCCUAGAGUGACGCACCGACACCCCCCGCCCACAGCCCAGACGUCCCCUCCCUCGCUGCCAUCCCGACCGGUCUCGGAGCUGGACCGGGUGCCGACUUCUUCGCAGAAGGAUAUAUGUUGGGUAAAGGAGGAAAACGGAAGUUUGACGAGCAUGAAGAUGGGCUGGAAGGCAAAAUCGUGUCUCCCUCUGACGGUCCAUCCAAGGUGUCUUACACCUUACAGCGCCAGACUAUCUUCAACAUUUCCCUUAUGAAACUCUAUAACCACAGGCCGCUGACAGAGCCCAGCUUGCAAAAGACUGUUUUGAUUAACAACAUGUUGAGGCGGAUCCAGGAGGAACUCAAACAGGAAGGCAGCCUGAGGCCCGUGUUCCCCCACAACUCCCAGGCCACCGACUCUCUGAGCGACAGCUACCGGGAGGCCCCACCCGCCUUCAGCCACCUCGCGUCCCCUCCGGCGCACCCCUGCGACCUCGGAAGCACUACACCCCUGGAGUCCUGCCUCACCCCGGCCUCACUGCUCGAGGACGACGAUGACACUUUUUGCACUUCCCAGGCCGUGCAGCCCGCGGCUCUUACCAAACUCUCGCCUCCAGCCCUCCUGCCGGAAAAGGACAGUUUCUCCUCCGCCUUGGACGAGAUCGAGGAGCUCUGUCCCACAUCUACCUCCACCGAGGCCGCAGCAGCAGCGACUGACAGUUCGAAAGGAGUCCCCAGCCAGUCCAGCGCCCAGAAACCCGAGGGGCCCCCAGACGGCCGCACGGAUGACUCGAAACUCAUUGACUCUCUGCCUGGGAAUUUUGAAAUAACAACGUCCACAGGGUUCCUGACAGACUUGACCCUGGACGACAUCCUGUUCGCAGACAUUGAUACGUCCAUGUAUGAUUUUGACCCCUGCACAUCCUCGUCAGGGACAGCCUCAAAAAUGGCCCCCGUGUCGGCCGACGACCUCCUCAAGACUCUGGCCCCUUACAGCAGUCAGCCUGUCACCCCCAGUCAGCCUUUCAAAAUGGACCUCACUGAGCUGGACCACAUCAUGGAGGUGCUCGUGGGGUCCUAGACCCACGGACCCUGCGACUCUGCCCCCGGCCCCUGCGAGCGUGCCCACACCCUGACAACUGUCCGCACUGUGCAUGCAGCCUUGCUUGCCUUUUUCAGAGAAAAAGAAAAAUUUCCAAAAGAAUCACACUAGUUUUUGCUUUGAGCAGAGUUGGAGUGCCUUCAUCCAAGUAUGACCACUUUUAAUACGUUUUUUUUUGAGUGGUUCCUCAGAGACCUACCCUGUAAUAGGAAAGGAUACAUUUGAAGACAAUGUUGCUAUGUUGAAUGACAAAAAUAAACAGUUCAAGUGAAGCACAAGGAUUAAGUUGGAAAAGCUGUAAAUUGCAUGUGCAUAUUUGUCUAUUUUUUCUAUAAGUUUUAUUGCAAGAGGUAAAAUAUAUAUAUAUAUUAUUUAGAUAAUCUCAGUACCUUUUCUGGCAUUUUCGCCCUGUGUAGGUUGACUUGGCAAUUAAGCCUUUUUAGAGGCAUUAACUACUCCUCGUAAGUGUUGCAUUUACAUGGCUGUUUAGAAAACUGCUGCCCAAAUUUAUUUUAUAUUUUUGUACAGAUUCUGCAGUUUAUGAUAUUGUUUUUCUAAAAACAAAUGCUGUUUAUACAUAUGAGAUAGCUAUUUUGAUAGGAUUUGCUCACAUAGUUCCUGCAAACUUCAGAUGUACAAGUUGCACUUGUACUUUUAUAGAGUUGUAAUGUUUUAUAUGUGUAUGGUGCAAGAGAAAAUUAGAUCAAAUCAAUCUGCAGCUGAUAUCCCCAAAUGCAAACACACAUAGACACAUACAGACACACACACACAGCGCUUUAAGAAAGGACCAGGUGAUAUCACACCCAAAUUUCACAAGCACUGACCCCCCUGGCAUGAACACCCGCCAGUACUUUGACUUCCAAAGCCAGAACCACGUCUGCUCAUCAAACUUGCAUUAAGCAAUUGGCGGGAGAUGCCCAUGGAGCUCCGGGUUUAAGUGGUAGUUCUCUUUAGCUCCCUCUUUUGAGGGGAAGGCUACUGUCUUAUUUAAGAGUGUUUAUGCCAAGUUUGCGCUUUUAAUUUUUUUUUUUUUUUUUUUUUUUUUAACAUGGAAACCCAUAUUUUUCAUUUUUGGCAUAGUUUUUAUGAUGACCUGAAAUUCUACAUCUGAACAAAAUGUUAUGUAAAGCAACCAACCUCUUCAUGAAACUUAAGUCCCAUUGCAAUGCUUAGGGCUCUUGAAGAAGAAAAUCGCCCCAGAAGGCAUCCAUCAUGUUGCUAACUUUUCCAGCUUCCCUUCCCUAGAGCUUUUGUUCCCUCUGUUACUAAGAGCUGAAAAUGGCAUCUUCAUGAUCACCACAGUGAGCUUGGCUCACCUCGGCUGGCCCGGGACACGCUCUUACAAUGUCCAUGACUCUUGAACCUGGAGUUCGUCAUGUUACAUCACGGCUUCCCAUCUGGUUACUUUCUUAAAUCAACUGCUUUAACUACACUUUACAAGGCUGUUUUACCCAAAUACACAGACAGGACUUUCUAUGCAUGUUUCCUCUCCUCCCCCCGCCCCCCACUCCCAGGACACACUUGAGAAGUAGCUUUUUAUUCCUAGUGGUGUACAUUAAUUUUAAAACGUUUGCAAUGUAUCAUGCUUGUUGCUGAAAAUUGUUUAUGGCCUUUUCGUUUCACUUUUUUCUCUCUUCCAAUGGUACUUUAGCUGUUGAUGCAGGUUACAACCUAUAUUGUUAUGCAGAUGGCUUCUUUAGGAAUAACUUUUAUAUUUAUUUAAAAAUUUUUAAAUUAUGGGAUUUUGUUUUUUUUGUUGUUGUUAUUGUCUUUGUUGUUGGUCAUUUGUCAAUAUUCUGUCACCAAUUCUGCUCACUUCUUGCCAUGGAUAAAAUUGGGUCUUUCUGGCCAAUUAAAAAAGACAACUUUAUAAAAUGGCACUUUAAACAAGCCAUAGAUAGUUUUAUUUUCAUAGUGCACAUGGCAAAGCAAAUACAUUUGUGAUGAAGGAACUGCUCAUCUAAACAAAAGAUUCGUGUAUGGUAUGAUUUAACCUUUCUGCAUUCUAAUUUACUUUUUUCCCCAUUUGAAUGUGUUUUAAAUACUAAUUAUGAACAUGGUAGAGCAGUGAGAAACUGAUCAAAUUGCACUUGUUCCUCUACAAGCAACCUCCACACAGACACCUCUUACUGCUGCAGAUGUGUCAUUUCCUUUGAUAGGACCAGGGACCAUAUAAUUAAGGUGAGAAUUGUUGUAGAUACUUCCAGUGUCACUGUGCCUGUCCAUUUUAAGAGCUUCCCUUUCUUGUAGAGAACAAGUCUGCCCAGACUCCAUGCUUUUUAUAUAACUGGAGGACCCGGCGACCUCGCCACGUGCUGCACACAUCUACAUACGUACACGUGUACAAUAGUGUUGGUCAUUCUGAACAAUAACAGGGUAAAGCAGUUGAUUUGCCAUUGUUACAAACUGAUUUACAGUAACUCAGAACAACUGUACUUUCGUUGGAUUAGCAAAUCGUGUGUUUAAACAAAUCCCAUAUGUUGGGCAACAGUUCAGAUAAGCACAGAGAAGUGUUGCCCAAACUUGGUUCUCUGACUCUCAUGUAUUUGUAAAGCUGGGCUUCAAAAUCAAAACAAAAACCCCCAUCAAUAGCAGGAAAAUGCUUUUUAACUCUGACACCGUUGCCCUAAAUUCUUGAUAUGAGUAUCAAGAAAUCUGAUGAAAAAGACAUGGGAAAUCAGUGGCCCACUUUCAGAAGGAGCAAAACCAUUGAGGGUUCAAAUUGUCUUGGUGUCCUGUUUUUACAAAGUGAUGUCCCAACAGGGAAGAGUAUGAGCCAGAGUGGGAUCUCCAAGUCCCAGUUUGAGUGUGGUGUGUGCUUCCAGAUGCCACCUGGCAGCAGUGCCUUCCCCUUCAUAAAAGAUGUUGUGUGGCAUCCAGAGCCAGGUAGGCAGCUUGGGGUGCCUUUAUGAGAAAGACAUGCUGGCUGGGGCUGGGAGAGGACAAUUGUUGACAGUGAUGUGCAAUGAAGUGACAAGAUGAGAGCAGAAUCCUAAAAGCUUUGAAUUUGAAGUGAUUUUUUCCCAUAAGUUAUUUAUUCCUUUUUUCUGUGUAAAUAUAUUUAUUUUUCUGUGAUGCGCUAAUAACAUCUGGAUCAUAACGUGCAGAAUGUAUGGUAGGAAUGUAUUCUCUUGUAGGAAUGUAAAUCUGUAUUAAAAGGGGGUCUGAGGCAGACCCCCUGGGUCUUCUCAUCGUAUGCACAGUCCACAUUCAUUUUUACUCUCUUCUCUAACAUGGGUCUAUUUGAAAUAUGCAAAAGGUAUAGAUGAGGAAUGUUUAAUACCUCCAAAUUUUUAAGAAAAUCAAGCAUCAAAGGGUUGGUAUUUUUUAAAGUUUUUUUAGUAGCACUUUCUCUCUGACAGAAGGGGCAACCACAUGGGCACCCUCAUUCAUACCAAAGGGUGAAAAGUGGCCAGAGCCUCCUCAACACCUCUGGAGUCUUUAUCAAUUGAGCUUCUUAUUGCCAUAGCCCCUUGGAGUGCCCCAACUGCCCUGAGGUCAAUCAAGGAAAAUUUCUUAACUAAAUAAGCUCCAAAGAGCCAAAGUAUCAACUUACAGAUCAUUUUUAAAGCUUAAAUUUGUUAACCACCUUUGCGGUAAAUAGUGAAUUAUGAAUACCGCAGGGCAGCCUUCUUAAAUGACAGAUGUAAAAAAAAAAGAGAGACUGCUUUGUGCAGCGAUUGUUAUUCUAUUAAGAAUUGUCUUAAUUUCAAAAUUUUGCUGUUAUGAAUUGGACAUUUAUACAUUUUCUGAAAAUACUGAAAAGAGCAUAUUUAACCUAUUCUGGCUGUAAAUGGUUAACGUCCUGUAACUGCCACGCACCUGGAUGGCAGCAAGCUGUGUGAGUCCUGCUUACGUACAAUUGUUUUCAGUGCUUCUAGGAAUGAGUCUAAAUGGUUCUUGAAAAUUAGCCAGGGUCAAAUGCUAUUGCAGACAAAGCCAAUACAAAUUUUGGACUUCUUCUGGGGAUAACAAGUUUGGAAGAGAAGUGCAGGCCAUAUGGGCAAACGACCGAGAUUUUGCAAAAGAUGUACAUAGUGACAUGUUUGGUGCAUGGUUUUUGAGGAGGGCUUUUUGUCAAAAAAGGAGGUGUACCCUUUCCCCCACAGACCUGAGAGCUGUGCCUUUUCUAUGCAAUAUUACAGACAUUACAUCGGAACCCAGAUGGCUGUAUUCACAUGUAGGUUUGGGCUGUAAUCUAAACAAUUGGACAGAUUAAAUGUACAUGGAAAUGAGCAGUCUUACUUUUGUAGUUUUAUAUUAUACA